UUUCCCUGAAUUCCCAACCAGACGAUUUCCACGGUGAUACAGGCCUAGAACUUUAAAACAGCAUCAACAAUUUUUCAUGCCGGUGUACGUCAUAUAUGAAGCACUUUAGAAGUGACAAGCUAGAUCGAAAAGAAUCCAGACGAACUCUUGAAGAAAUAAACGCAGUGCACGUGAAUGGACAAAAUGACGAUUUUGUUAUCAUGGAAAAUUAUUAUUAUGCAGGUUGCAGGUUUGCUUACAGCCACAAAGGCAUGGUACUCUGGAUCUGAUCACAAUUGGCCACUGAAUGAAAUAAGAUACAACCAAGUGUAUGAUUACAGGCAAUUUAACCACGGAUGGUGGAACGGGUAUAUCAAAGGUAAUGCAGAGAUUACGUGGUCUCCACCUCAAAUCGGCCUAAAUGUCUAUGGUCAAGAUACAUGGAUUGACUUUGGUGUUAGAUACAACUCUUGCUAUGUGGACGUAAAAUACUGCAACCAAACUGGUUUUAGCGUUACAUUUUGGAUAGCUUUCCAAGAGGCUUCAACUACACAGGGGUUAAUUGAGUUUGGAAAUGGUGAUUGCGGGCUCAGCAUCACCCGAACAACUGAAAAUGAGAUUAAUGCAACAAUUAAAAGCAUGGAAUUGAAUAGUACCUGGAGUUUGCAUAGUGUAAAUGCAAGUGUUCGUCAUGGAAUAUGGCAUCAUCUGGCGCUAACCUGGAACGCUUCUGGUGAAGUCUAUCUCUUUAUCAAUGGCACAAGAUUGAACAAUGUUAUCCAGCGCACAACUCCCAACGUCUCCUGUUCUGACACAAAUUGCAAGUGUGAUUGGUCAAUGAAAGUCGGCACCGUGACUUUCUGCAACUCAUCUGCCCGAACGUAUCCAUCCUUGUUGCUUGCCAGGCUGGUUUUAUGGAAUUACUCGAUCAAUGAUGAAACAGUUCUUGGUUUAUCGCAAGAUGUACAAGGGGUAUUUCUCUCGAACAGAGGGUGCUACGGUGGGUGGAUAGCUAACUUACAAUUUUGCUACUUCAUCGCAUCUAACUGGAAAAAGACAUGGCAUGAGGCGAGGGAAAUUUGUGUUAAACGCCGAGGAAAUCUAGUCAGCAUUGGAAGCUUAGAGGAAGACGAUUUCUUGGAAGAAGUGCUAAAGAAGACUAAAGAAGUAUCAAGUUGUAUAUAUAUUGGAUUGCAGACUGGUCAUGUUAACUUAACACCGUCUUGGGAAGAUAAAAAUGUUUGGAAGUUCUCAAAACUCAGCACUAGAUACGACCAAGAAAACAGCACUGAUUUGUGUGCAUACCGAUACUCGGAUGGUUUGUGGUAUCUGUCUAACUGUAGCGAGAAAUGUGGCUUCAUGUGCAAGAAAUAUAGAGGUGGCUUAUUUAAAAACGCCGAAUUCCACUGUCGAGAGAGGAGAUACAACCGCCAACUUGUAGGACACCGAUUGUCGAUACGAUGGGUGCAGAAUGAGCUGAAUUGUGCAAUCGACUGCUUGCUUUAUGGCGCAACAUGUGCAUCAUACAACUAUAAACAGAGCGACUCGUCAUCAAAGAAGCAAAACAUCUGCGAGCUUAACAACGAAAAUCAGCAUAAAAACCCCACGAGUUUGAUUUACAGUAGUGGCUUUCAGUAUUGCGAAAGGGUGUCAUAAGAUCGCCUCAGAUCGUGCUGUUUCGAUUCCAAAAGAUGUUUUCUUUUCUGGACACAUUUAUCAUAAAUACACUUUCACUGCUUUCCUGGCUGAUGAACUGCUCCUUGCAGUUUCAUAUAUUUUGGCUUGCUGGUUUAUUAUUUGUUCUAUUUCCUUAGGGACAUUCCUCAUUAUUGCACUGCGCAUCUUGUAAUGCGGAUGUAAGUCACGUAAUCAGGCGAAUAAACGCGUGUGCAUUCCGAGAACACGGUAUCGUUUUUCAGUCAACACACUU